CCUCGUUGACGCCUCACACUCGCUUUUGCUAAUUCGCCCUUUAGAUUCUUACAGUAUAAUACUCCCUCGACGCUCGCUACACCAUUCUCCCUCAGAAAGGGAACUCCCCAAAGCCCUUCCAUUCGCUUGCCCUCCUCGCCCUCACGUUUCACCCAAAGCCUGGGACACCUGUAGCAUCGACCGUAACGCAGCAUCGUUUGACAGCUGCACUCCCCUAGAACAACCUCGAACCAUCCCGCUCCGCUUACCUUGACACCUGAGAGAGGCUGCGGCCAUGUUCCGACGCGCAGUUGCGGCCGCUCUCGCGGCCACCGCCUUGACGGGCACCGCGACCGCACAGAAAGCUGGCCCUGGGCAGAAUUGUCCUAAAGAUGCGCCAUGCUGCGGCUUGUACAUGGACUGCGGUGUAGGCGCUUUCUGUGUCCAAGGCUGCGAUCCCGUCCACUCCCACUCCCUCGAAGCCUGCUUGCCCAACCCCCAGUGCAAGAGCGGUGACUUCAAGCUCAAUUCCCUCGACGAUGUCCAGUCCAUUGAUAAGUACCUGGGAGACGCCUCCAAGGUCAACUGGGUCUCGCAGGGCAAGCCUGUCGUCUUCGAGGAUUCCAUCCUCCUCACAAUGGCCGAAGGCACAGUCGGAACCCUCCUCUCCUCGGCGCAUUACAUCUGGUAUGGCAAGAUCUGUGCCCGCAUGACCACGUCCCAGGGCAAGGGCGUUGUCACGGCCUUCAUCAUGAUGUCCGACGCCAAGGACGAAAUCGAUUUCGAGUGGGUCGGUGUCGACAUCGCAAACGUCCAGUCCAACUACUAUUCCCAGGGUGUCACUGUCUAUACAAACAGCAGGAAUCUGAGCAUCCCCGGUGGUAACAGUGUGGAACAGGAGCACGAGUACUGCAUUGACUGGAAGCCCGAUACCCUCACAUGGGCCAUCGACGGCAAGGAACUGCGAACGGUAAACCGCAAAGACACGUGGAACUCCACCUCCAACCGCUUCGAUUACCCGCAGACCCCCUCCCGCAUCAUGCUCUCCCUCUGGCCCGCCGGUCUCCCCACAAACGCCAAGGGCACCAUCGACUGGGCUGGCGGCGAGAUCGACUGGAACUCGCCCUACAUGUCCAACGGCUACUACUACGCCCAAAUCAAAUCCGUCUCCGUUGAGUGCUACGACCCUCCCUCCGGCGCCAAGGGCAAGGGCCAGAAAUCCUACGUCUACACCGACCGCGCCGCCACCAACAACACCGUCGAGCUCUCCGACAAACAAGUCAUCCUCGGCUCCCUCUAUGCCACUGGCGAAGAUCCCCAGGAAGGCGCCAGCACCGCCUCCAACGCCCCCAAGCCUACAAAGUCUGUCAACCUUGUCCCUGGAGGUAACCCUGGCGGCGGCGGUCGUGGCGAUGGCGCCGACAGCUCUGACCCCGCCGCGACGGAUGCGCCGGAUGGACAGGGUGCUGGCGGUGGGAACAACGGGGGUAACAAUGGUUUCUCUCAGAACGAUGGCAAGGGCGCGGGUACAAGUCUGCAGCCUGGGCUGGGCAAGGUGGGCGGUGGUGCUGUCGCUAUCGUGGUGGCGGUUCUGGGGCUUAUUGUUCUGUAGAUAGGUGAUGAGGGGCUGCUGUUGUGCUUUGGGUCUUGAACUGGUUGUUUAUCAUGCUAUCUUUUGGUCCUAUCUCUGGUCUUUUAAUGGGCUGGCUUCAUGUCGAUCCUUUGCUGCGACUUCUCCCUUCGGUGUUAGUUGGUUCGGUUGGGUAUGCGGAAUCUUGGGUUGUGCAUAUGCUUGGGGUGGUGGAGGAAGGAGUGGGGGAGAGAUUUUAGGUGUACAUGCCUUCCGCUAGCAAGCUGCGCGCGUAGGUGGCGGUCGUUCAUGGUUGAGCUGAGGAGAGAGGCGUGCGGAGAAG